AUGAAUAACUCCACUGUCAACUUCAUAACCGAAUCACCAACAGACUCGACAACUCUUAUCGUUGUGACCAUGGACCUUAUACAAGUGUGUGUGUCCUGCAUCAAUAUACUGUUUGGUUUUCUUAUUCACUCUUUUGUUAUAUGGCUCAUCGUCACAGGAACAGAAAACAAAAUUGCAUCCGAGUUUUUCAACCUGAAUCUCUCUUUCUGUGAGAUUGGAAUCUGUGUGAAUAGUAUUUUUAAUAUACUGUCAAUUUGGUUUUCAAGUGUUGAUUUAGUGGGAUAUUUUAUAUCAGGACUAAGCAUCACUGGCCGUCCUCUGUUUCAGUGUCUGAUCUGUGUCGAGCGUUACCUGGCUGUGGUUCAUCCUGUAACCUUUCUGAAGUUCAAACCUGUCAGAUACAGACUGAUCUGUUGCACUGCUGCCUGGAUCAUUAGUCUUGGCUCUUGUUUGUCUGUAAUGGUUAUUGUUGCCUCAUUAAAAGUUUAUAUUUAUUCAUUGUUCUACUCAGUGCAGUUCCUCCUCUUUCUCUCCAUUCAGUUGUUUUGUUGUGUGGCUGUUCUCAGAGCUCUGAAGCAGUCAGGACCAGGAGAGAGAGGAAAAGAGAAAGAGGAGGAAAAUCAAGUGAAGAGAAAAGCAUUUCAUCUCAUUCUAAUAAGUGCUAUAAACACAGUUAUCAUAUACCUGCCAUAUUGUGUUUCAGGAUUUAUGGAUAUUUUCUCAAAACUGCAUAUUCCAGCUCUUUGGUGUAUUGGUUUUGUGUGUUAUGUUGUGGCGGGUUUUGUACAUCCGAUUCUUUUUCUGCGCAGAGCUGGAAAACUUCCCUUGUGCGGUUAA